ACUGUUGUAGGUUAAGAGUUUCUGGAUUCCCAGUGCAUUAAGGACUCCGUCUUAUAGCAAUUAAUAUAAAACUCAACAGUUGUAAUCACGAUAUACGUACUUUAUACUUGAUGCAAACCUUGGUGACACUCCUGGAACAUAUACAGAUUAGAUUAAUAAUUUUCAACUUUAAUGAAUAUCAGUUUUAGUUGAUUCAUAGAAGUGGUAUUAGAAAAACAGUUUUGAUAUUUUUAUAUUUAAUUAACAUACUAUUGUUUAAUAUAUAAAAUGAAUAUUGUCUGCGUAAUAUGUAGUGACUUACUGAUACCAUCUGAUGAUGUUUUUUAUACAUCAUGUGGACAUAUUUUUCAUUAUGCCUGUUUGAAUCAGUGGUUAGAGAGAUCCAAAUCUUGUCCACAAUGUAGAGAAAGAACCACAUUAAGUCAAAUUAGAAGAAUAUAUUUUAAUUUUUCCAAUGAUGAUAUCAAGGAAGAUAAAACCUCUUUGCAGCAUAAAAUUGAUAAUCUAAAUUUUCAGCUUAAUUUACAAAAGAAAGAUGUUAAUUCUCAUUUAAAAAAAAUUAAAAUAUUAGACAAACAAAAUACAAAAUUGAAAGCAGAAGUUCUAAAAGUAGAAAGCCAGUUAAAUAUAAAAGCUAGUGCUAUUUAUGGUCUUAAAGAGCAAAUUGAGUUUUAUAAGAAAGAGAAUUUAGAAGUAGAAAACUUGAAAAAAGAAAUUGAACUGUUACAGAAAAAAAUUGUAACAUAUGAUAAUAUAAAAACUUUGCUUGAAACUUCUACAGAAGAUAUAGAUGAGAUCGCUUCAAGAACAUGUGAUCCUAAUACUCUUAUUACAUAUAUAGCUGUGAUGAAAAGGGAAAUGACAAAUAGUUUGAAUAAAAGAAGAGAGUUAAGAUCUAAAGUGAAAAGCUUACAACAAGAAGUUACUAAAGUAUCUAUGGAACGGAACUUUUUAUCAGAAGAACGCGUUCGGAGAAAGCAAUUAGAAGACGACUUAAUGACUUGUGAAAGUGAAAUAAUAUAUUUAAAAAAUAAACUUAAAGACUCUGAGAAAAAGAAGUCAUUAGACAAACAAUCAAACAAUAUUGAUUUCAAAUCAAUAAAUAAAUUAAAUAGUAAUGUAAAAAAUGUUUCUAAUCAAAAUAAAGUUGAAAGCACUGUAAAUAAUAUGAAUAUUGAAGAAUCGAAUAUUAAUCUGGACCAAGGGGAUUUAUCCAAGAUUGAGACAAUUGAAGAAUAUGAAAAUCAUUCACCAUAUCUUCCAGUUAAAUCAAGAGGAGUAUGUGCUUUAAAACAAUCUUCACAAAAGCGUGGUGCAACGAAAUUUAAUUCAUUGGGUUUUACAAAAAAAGCGAAAAUUGAUCAAAGUGCAACAAACGAACAAGUAAAGAUUCUUGCAAUUACAUACGAUGGUUUUGGAGGGCAUUCAAAACACGAUCAAUUUCCUAAUUCGACUGAUACAAAAACAAUGAAAAUUAGAGAUGACAUAAUCAAAUCCAAAAGACAAAAAGCUAAUCUGAAUAACCAAAAACUAGGCGAUUUUUUUAUAAAUUUUAUGUAAUUUAAUUUAAUUUGUUAACGCACUAUACAGGGUAUUCGGCCAUUCCUGGGAAAAAUUUUAAUGGGAGAUUCUA